ACUAUUGGGGUGAUUAAUUUCCUGACACUGCGUUAUUGUAAUACUCCGUGAUACACCGCUGCGCUUUUCGUUUACUUCAUCUUCUCAACUCGUAUUCCCUUUCCAUCCAAGUAUAUUCGCAUUUUCUCGACUGUUCUUUUCCAUUUCCAGUAAGUAAAAUUUGAGGCUUUAUGUGAUCCCGAAUAUUUGAGCUUAAGGCGUGAAGGGAUGUAUUUAACUUCCCCAUCUUGUGACCGCGGCAUUACAGAGUUUUCAGCCAAUUGUGGAUGGAGGAGCUUGAUCCGGUGGAGCUUCUAAGUUAUUUAGAGGGCAUAUUGGAGUCCGAUCCUCUCAUUGAUGAAAUAGGUUUCAUUCACCCAUCCCAUUUUGCUUCAUUGAAUGAAGAUAUAGGCACUCCUUCAACAUCUGUUGGCUCUGUGCAAAAAAAAACUUCUGGGACACUUUUCUGGGGUAGGGAUCACAAGCUAGGCAUCUCAACCAACGUUCUCUUUCCACUUUAUGUUGCGGCCAAAAAUGCAUUUCUGGAAGCAUAUAAAAAUUAUAAAGUGCACCAUAGAGAUGAUAAAAAUGCUUCAAGCUGCUCCUCAUCUUCUCCACUUAGUCUCGAAAGUGAAUUGAUGAAGCACAGCAGGGCACUAUUGCUUCUAAGUUGUGAUUUUGGAACAGCAUGGAAUUCCAGGAAGCUAGUUUUGUCAAAGAAGCAAUCUCUUUCCAUGUUCAUGAAUGAGCUCAUCUUUUCAUCUGUGGUUCUUUCUCAUUCACCUAAAAGUGAGCAAACAUGGAGCCAAAGGAGGUGGGUGGUCAAGAUGAUUGCUGGAAAUUGUUCAAAUCUGCGAGAGAUUAUGGAAAGAGAAUCCGAGUUAGUGAAAAAACUGGCUGAGAGAUCAAAGAUGAAUUAUCGUGCAUGGUAUCACCGUUGCUGGUUAGUUUCCUACAUGUCAGAGGAACAGAUGCUGCAGGAGUUUAACAAGUCGCGGGAGUGGGCUGGCCUCCAUGUUGCUGAUAACUCUUGCUUUCAUUACCGUGCACGCUUGAUGCUUCGGCUGUUUAAAGAAUCACAACAUAGCCAGGAUCAAGAUGCUAGCUUUGAUCCAGAACUGCAUGAAUUAUUGAAGGAUGAAUUUGACUGGGUGGAGAAGUUGAUAAAACGUUAUGUGGGGAGAGAGGCGUUGUGGCUUCAUCGCCGCUUCCUCUCGACUUGUUGGAUAAGAUAUUUUGCAUGUGGUGAUCAUAAUAGAACCUUGCCUUCUAACCCGAGAAACAUCCGGACCGUCGACAUUGACAUGUUCAUAGACAAUGAAUUAGAACUAUUUUGUUCCUGUACAAUUCUACCUGACAGUGACUUUGAGGACUAUCAAGCUCAAGCAACCUUUGCUGCUACUUAUAUGGUGUGGCUCAAAACGCAAUUAUCAGGGGCUCUGGCGAUCGAUAUUCAAAAGAUGGAAACAAGCAGACUGAAGUCACUCCUGACUAAUGUAUGCCCAGAAAAGAGCUUACUUUGGAAUUCUUUGCCUGAGCUAUGUGAAAGCACAUAACCCUUCUCAUAAGGGAAGAUGAGGAAAUUGUAGCAUAGUUGUCUCAACUUCAUGGAUUUAAAAUGGUGAUAUUGCUUCAUAUUGUUAGAACUUGAAGUUAUUACUCCUUAGUCCUCUCCUUGAAACAGCCUCUGGCAGAAAUGCAAGGUAAGGCUGCAUACGAUACACCCUUGUGGUGGGGCCCUUCCCCGGACACCGCGCAUAGCGGUAACUUUAGUGCACCGGCGCCCUUUUUGCCCUCUCCUAACCACUCUAUUCUCCGGUGAAAGUACAGUACAUCCGAGAAAAAUUUAUUGCGCUGAACUUUAUUAGUUAUUAGCUUGAUAAGCAGCCACUUUACUCAAUUUACUUUCGGUUACCUGGUGAUAUGGAUGGUUUCAGUGCUGCACACAGGUGCAUUGCCGCUUCACUUUUGUUCUUGCAACUUGUAUACACCCAGCUAAUUAUUGCGAUAGAGAUGUCUCUACAGAACACAAUUGUGAUUUUUAGAAUGUUUUGUCAUGCUUUAUGUGGUAUUUUACUAUGAUUUCUUCA